AUGGCCACAGCAACGAUGAUUGAAACUCAGAGCAAUGCAGCAGAGAUCCACCGUGGACCGGUCUCCGGAGAGAAACUACACGAAAUGCUGGACGAAUUCUCCGUCCCGAGAUGCCUGUUCUCUGGGGUGGAACGGAUCGAGGAGUUCGGGUUCAACCGGGCCACGGGGUUCUACUGGGUGAAGCAGGAGAAGAAGACGGAAUGGAAGGUGGAUAAGGUCGGGAUGUCCUACUACGACACGCAACUCACCGGUUUCAUCACCCCCGGGCGCUUGUCGAAGAUCACGGGUGUGAAGGCAAAGGAGAUCAUCCUCACACUCACGGUCACCGACAUUGUUGUGGGGAUCCCAUCUCGUGACAAGGCCAAGUUUGUUAGUAGCACUGGGAUUUACCGCGUCCACCCCAUUGCGGCCUUUGAACCUCAAAAUCAACGUUAA